UUUUGAAAACAACCAUUACAAAUAUCGAAAGUGCAGUUCCUGAACAGGACAUUUGUUACGUGAAUGACGUCCCACUUCAAUGUCGGCGAACACAAACAAUCGCCAUAGCAGGUCCUCUGGAGUAUGUGGAAUGGUAAUCUCUAUUGCUAUCCUAGACUGUGAUCUGCUGCUGCAUGGCCGGGGGCACAAAACACUUGAUCGAUUUGAUAUCGAGACAGUGACGGAUGAAUUUCUGUUGACAACAUUCGGCUUCCCACGUGAGUUCAUUUAUUACCUAGUGGAACUGCUAAAGGACAGCUUGUUGAGACGGAGACAGAGGUCACGAACCAUCAGCCCAGAUGUUCAGAUACUCGCAGCCCUGGGAUUCUACACAACCGGGUCCUUCCAGAGCAAGAUGGGAGAUGCCAUCGGCAUCAGCCAGGCCUCCAUGAGCCGUUGUGUUUCUAACGUCACUUAAGCUCUGAUUGAGAAAGCACCAGAGUUUAUUGGCUUCACUAGGGAUGAGGCCACCAGGCAGCAGUCUAAAGAGGAGUUUUGCCGAAUAGCAAGAAUUCCUAAUGUCUUGGGAGUAGUGGACUGUGCGCAUGUAGCCAUCAAAGCUCCAAAUGCAGAUGACUCUUCCUAUGUAAAUAAAAAAGGAUUUCACUCAAUCAAUUGCCAAUUAGUUUGCGAUGCCAGAGUGCUGCUGAGCGCUGAGACACAUUGGCCAGGUAGUCUGACAGAUGGAGCUGUCUUUAAGCAAUACAGUGUGGCAAAGCUGUUUGAAGAGCAAGGCAAUGACGAAGGUUGGCAUUUAGGUGACAAUCGUUACCCUAUAAAAAAGUGGCUGAUGACCCCAGUGCAGAAUCCGGAGUCCCCUUCUGACUACCGCUAUAACCUGGCUCACACAACGACACACGAGAUAGUGGACCGCACAUUCAGAGCCAUUCAGACACGUUUCCGAUGCCUGGAUGGGGCAAAAGGUUACCUGCAGUAUUCUCCAGAGAAAUGCUCACAUAUCAUCCAGGCCUGCUGUGGGCUACAUAAUAUUUCUCUGCAGUCUGUCCUCAAUGCCUGGACAUUUGAGAGGACUGAGGCCACAGACCAAUCAGGGGAGGAUAUUGCUUCCACUGACACAGUCGACCCAGAGGCUCUCAGAGUUUGACAGGAACUCAUCCAAAAUCAUUUUAGCUAAGAUGAAAAUGGAAUUCAACAUUCAUUUUUUUAUUUUAAAGAUACAAAUGCUAUUGUCUUCCUGUAUGCUAACAUUUUGUUAACGAAUAUUCCACCAAAAAUAAAUAAAUAAAUAAAUAAUUAUUGUAA